AUGUUUGGCUUCGGUAGUAUAUCAAAAUACAAUUCAGCGCCUGUUACGCUGAUGAGUUCGGAUGUUGAAAGGGUUCGGAGGGAUGAUUUCUGGGCAAACCCAGUACAAAUGGUUAUCCGUCAGCUUGUUCCAGCUUUUGCGGUGCCACUAGUUGUCGUCUUUAUUUGCAUUAUCUCCUCGAGUGUUCUGAUACGUUUUAUUGGCGCAAAGCAGGAAGCUUGGAUGCAGGCAAUUCAGAAGCGCGUUGAAGACAAAGCAAGUAUUAUCGGGAAUAUGAAGCACUUGAAGAUAUUUGGGCUUACCAAACCAGCUGAAGAUGCAAUUGAAAAGUUACGCGUCGAUGAGCUAGAGACCGGAGGAAAGUUCCGAAUCUUUCUCGUAGGCUCCGUGGAAAUAGGAUUCACACCAGUUCUUCUGGGCCCAGUCUUUGCAUUUACUCUCAUGUCUGGACAACUCAACGUCACGACAACUUUCACCUCACUUUCGUAUCUCCAACUCCUCUCGACGCCACUAUCCCUGUUAUUCCAAGUUCUCCCUCAUCUGUUUGCAGUGCUCUCGUGUCUAUCAAGAAUACAAGCAUUUCUCAAGAGAGAGACAAGACAUGACGAAAGUCAUGUUAUUACACCAGACAUGCCGUCUGAGAAUGGCCACGCGAGUGAAAAGCUACUAUUUGUUCGUGGAGAUCAGGAGCGCAGACUUUGGCUGGGAAAAGAAGACGUUGACUCUGAAGAAUAUCAAUAUCUUCAUGUCGCAAGGACUGACGAUGUUUAUCGGUCCUAUUACUUAUAG